GGGAAUGCAACAUCUUUGAUGUUCUGAGUCCUUUUAGAGAUAACGCAGAAAGGGGAAGUCAAGUUUAACUUGGAAAUCUCUUUGUUUUUCUCCUUAGAGGUCUCUCUCAUCUGGGUUUUCCUUUUCUCUCUUGUUGCUAAUUUGGGUCAUUGGUUUUGAUUGGAAAAGAAUACACUUUAUACAGGGGAAGGGUAUUGAGACUAUUGAAUUGAUAGAAUGGGUGCACCCUUAUCAGCUUGGCCAUGGGAGAACUUGGGAAUCUACAAGUAUCUGUUGUAUGGACCUUUGGCUGCAAAAGUUGUGUAUUCACUAAUCCGUGAGGAAUCCGUUAAUGGUAGUUGGUGUUUCCAUAUUCUCCUUAUUUGUGUGCUUAGGGGACUUGUUUAUCAGCUAUGGAGCUCUUACAGCAACAUGCUUUUCCUUACUCGCAAUCGCCGGAUUAAUCAGCAAGGGGUAGAUUUCAAGCAGAUAGACAAAGAAUGGGACUGGGAUAAUUUCAUACUUCUUCAAGCUUUAAUCGCUUCCAUGGUGUGCUCCAUCUUCCUUCCCUUCCAUGAUAUUCCUGUAUGGAACACAGAAGGUCUUCUUCUUUUACCGUUGCUCCAUGUGACAAUUUCAGAACCUUUAUUCUAUUGGGUUCAUAGAUGUCUCCAUGGAAACUACUUUUUUACCCGUUACCACUCCCUGCACCAUUCAUCACCAGUACUCCAUCCCUUCACAGCUGGUAGUGCAACCCUUUUGGAGCAGUUGAUCUUAACUUUGGUCCUGGGGAUUCCGAUUAUUGGUUCCUCUUUGAUGGGAUAUGGAUCUACAAGCUUGGUUUAUGGCUAUAUUUUGGUGUUUGAUUUUCUGAGAUGCCUGGGGCACUGCAAUGUUGAAAUUGUACCCCAUGAGAUUUUUGAGAAGCUGCCUUUCCUUAGAUAUCUAAUCUAUACCCCCACUUACCAUAGUUUGCACCACAUAGAGAGGGGAACCAACUUCUGCCUCUUCAUGCCUUUGUUUGACGCAAUGGGGAAGACACUUAACAGCAACUCAUGGCAACUGCACAAGAAAGUUAGUUCAGAUUCAGCAAAAAGUGGAAGGGUGCCUGAUUUUGUGUUCUUAGCACACGUGGUGGAUAUAACGUCAGGGAUGCAUGCACAAUUUGUUUUUAGAUCGUUCGCAUCAUUGCCGUUUGUGACAAGGAUAUUUUUCCUGCUUAUGUGGCCUGGGACUUUUGUGGUUAUGCUAAUGAUGUGGGCCUGGUCUAAGACCUUCCUCGUCUCUUUUUACGUUCUUAGGGGGUGGUUGCACCAGACAUGGGUGGUACCAAGAUUUGGAUUUCAUUAUUUUUUACCAUUUGCUACAGAGGGCAUUAACAAGCAAAUAGAGGAGGCCAUUCUGAGGGCCGAUAGAUUAGGGGUAAAGGUCAUUAGCCUUGCUGCAUUGAAUAAGAAUGAAGCUCUAAAUGGAGGAGGAACGCUCUUUGUUAACAAGCAUCCAGACCUUAAAGUUCGUGUUGUCCAUGGGAAUACCCUUACUGCUGCAGUUAUUCUUAAUGAUAUUCCUAAGGAUGUCAAAGAGGUGUUUCUAACUGGAGCCACUUCUAAGCUUGGAAGAGCAAUUGCCCUCUAUCUUUGUCGAAGGAGAGUACGAGUACUAAUGUUGACUCUGUCAACAGAAAGAUUCCAAAAUAUUCUAGAGGAAGCCCCUGUUGAUUGCCAAAACUACUUAGUCCAGGUGACAAAGUACCAAGCAGCUCAAAACUGUAAGACAUGGAUAGUUGGCAAGUGGAUUACACCAAGAGAGCAAAGUUGGGCUCCAACUGGAACCCAUUUUCAUCAGUUUGUAGUCCCACCCAUAUUGCAAUGUAGAAGGGACUGCACUUAUGGUGCUCUUGCUGCCAUGAGGUUGCCAAAAGAUGUUGAAGGGCUUGGAACCUGUGAGUACACAAUGGAAAGAGGAGUGGUUCACGCAUGCCAUGCGGGCGGUGUAAUUCAUCUUUUAGAAGGGUGGAGUCACCAUGAAGUCGGGGCAAUUGAUGUCGACAGAAUUGAUGUAGUCUGGGAAGCUGCUCUCAAGCAUGGCUUAAAGCCUGUGUCAAGCGUAAAUUAAGGAACAAUUUAUAUUAUAAUUUGUAUCCCAAAUAACAAUGGUUAAGAAUGAAAUGUUUUGUUGUGAUUUGUAAGAUAUAUAUGAAAAAUAAUAUAACAGGCCCUUUUCAUUUCCUCUUUGUUCCCAUAUGGCUGGGCAAAGAAAAAUGUGGGCUUGUUACGACUCACAAAGAAAAAGUUACGUAAUAAUUUGUAAUCGUUAAAUUCAUUUAGUAAAUGCAUCUUCAUCUA